AUGGGACGCACGCCUAUAGUUCAAAACGUUCAGAGGCUUCAGCAGCAUGAUGAUCUGUUCUAUGAGAUAGUGACACUGAGCGGAAGAGUAAAAGUCUCUGCUUUACUGGACAGCGGUUCGAUGGCAUGUACUCUAAGUGCUAGUCUUGUCCCACAGUUACUGCAGGAGGGUGUUAUAAACCCCACCUUUCAGGAUACGGACGUUGUGUUGAUUGGAUGCGGAGGGUCUAGAACUCUGCCUGUGGGAGUGUGCGAUCUCAACCUGGAGAUGUAUGGCUGCCGCGUGGUUGUCCCCACCCUAGUUGUCAAUGGCCAGAGCGAAGAUCUAAUUGUUGGCAGUAACCUAUUGCGGUAUGUGAUCAGCAGACUUAAAAGGGAUUUCCAGGGUCAGUGCCCUUCAGUGCUCAGCUGCAGGAGUGAUGCAGAACAGAAACUGUUGAGUUUAAUGGCGGGAGUGGAAACUGAGGAUGUCUCAAAUGCGAUCGGUACUGUCAAACUCAGGAAAGCUGUUACUCUGGAGCCUAUGACAGAGCACCUAGUGUGGGCAAAGCUGCAGUACGUGGACGAACAGUUGGCUGAUACCUCCACUUUACCGGACUGUCCUCGAUUCAAGCCGUGCCCUGACUCUAGUUCUCUCCAGUCUAGGUUAGGUGAGCUGGGUUUGUCGGAUAUUGAUGUUGAGUCGUGUCAAGUUUCCGCCGAUUACAAAACUAAGCUUGCUGAGCUCAUAGUAGAGUACGAGUCGAUUUUCUCCAGAGACAAGCUAGACUGCGGCAAGGCUACUGGUUACCUGCACCGUAUCAGGGUCCUAGAUGAGAAACCUUUUCGGCUCCCAUGCAGGCGCAUACCGCCCACGCAGUAUGAAAAACUGAGACAGGCAUUGGAUGAAAUGGAGGAGCGGGAGAUUAUAAGAAAGUCCAGCAGUGAGUUUGCGUCGCCCCUUGUGUUAGUCUCAAAGAAAUCAGGAGACUUGAGAAUAUGCAAUGAUUUUCGCUGGCUCAAUGCACGCACUGUAAAGGAUGCACAUCCGCUCCCUCACCCGGCUGAUGCCCUAGCAGCUCUAGGGGGUAAUGCCUUCUUCUCAACUAUGGACUUGACCUCAGGAUACUACAAUGUGGAAGUACAUGAGGAGGACAAGAAGUACACAGCUUUUUCAUCACCAUUCGGAUUGUAUGAAUACAACAGGAUGCCGCAGGGCCUUUGUAAUAGUCCAGCAACGUUCAUGAGGAUGAUGUUAAGCAUUUUUGGUGACCAGAACUUUAUGAGUCUUUUAUGCUACCUGGAUGAUGUUUUGGUGUUCGCCUCGAAUGAGAAUCUGGCUCUCGAACGUUUGCGAAUGGUGUUUGAUAGACUGCAGUCCCACAACCUUAAACUCGCACCAAAGAAAUGCAACUUCCUGCGGCGCUCAGUUAAGUUCCUGGGUCAUGUUAUCGGUGCCGAUGGUAUCCAGUCCGACCAUGAUAAAGUUGCUGCCAUAACCUCCUUAAAAGAGUCUGACCUUAUGGAAGAUGGCACUUCAGUCCCCUCACAGCGUAAAGUCCGCUCCUUUCUUGAUGACCCGGACGGGGAUGUAUUGUCACCCGUGUCGAGCUCAGUGGACCUCAGUAGGUCGGCAGUCACUGAGGAAUCCACAAAGUCAGCUGAGUUUCGAACCAGAGCGUGGGUGUCUGGGCUACCAUCAGAUACUGGCAGUGUGACAAGUGUGGAGGAUAGUGUUCUGGAGAACGCUGUUCCAUUGGAUGAGCCGGAGAGUGAUGCUAUGGACUCUAGCCUCCCACGAGCCCCUGACCUAGAGACUGCUAUGGCCCCUGACUUUGACAUGACUGAUGUUCCUGCUGCAGCUUCAGCUGAGGCACUCAGUCUGCCGCUACACACACUACUACAGCCCCAAGUACUGCCACGCCAAGGUUUACUGCCCCCUCAAGCUCUACAGUCCUGGACAGCAGCGCUUUCUCCAGUGAGCAGCAGUCAGCUAUAUCCAAUACUGCAAUUGUCAACAUUUCGUCGCCUACCUCCAUUGACCAAGAGGACCAAACAGAACCACAAGCACCCACUCCAGCUCAAACGGUAUCCACAGACCAAGAAAAAGCAACACCAAUAA